AUGGCGUCCAUCAAAGCGUGCUGUUACGUGAACUUGACGGUAGUGACAGUGCUGCUAAUAGUGCUGUCAUCCGCAACGAACGCGCAGCUGUCAUUCCACAACGAUCCCUCGCAGAACAGCUUCUCGAUCAAGCUGCCCGCCUUCCAGCAAUCGUUCACGCGCUACUUCGGCAAUCAACCGCAGGGUGCACUGUUGCAACAGCAGCUACAGCAACCGCAACAGCUGCAACAACAGAUUCCAAGCACACUGACGCAUCCAUCACUUAUCGGCAGCCAGGCACAAGCUUACCAGCAGCAGCAGCAGCAACCGUUGUACUAUAGCCAGCAACCUCAGCAACAAUCUCAGUCGGACGCUCUUAACCGCUACGUGGCCCAGUUCCCGGACCAGCCACACUACACCGUACAGGAGAACUACAUCAAUCCCAACAUUCGUCUGCGACUGCAACAGCAGCGCCUUCAGCAGCAACAGCAGCAGCAACAAUACCACCCAUCGCAGGCUAACCAAUAUCAAGGCUUUACGGGAAGCUUUGGAACACCUGCCCAAACUGUACCCACCGCACAGGAUGCGAGUGCCUACACAAAUCAGCAACAACAACCGCAGUACGAGUACGUCCAACAGACGACCGGUGCCGAGGGGCAGCAGGAACUGCUUGCGCAACCACAGUACCAACCGGCCACGGGACAGUUUGGAGUGCGGGGCACCCAGCAGCAGCAGACGGGUAACGAAGGCGAAGCGGCUACGGCGGCUAAACUGAUCGGCGUUGCCUUUUCACCGUCGAAUGAGGUGUCGCAGGUGAAGUUUAGCAGUGGUGGGCUGAAGUACAAUUUCUAG